AUGUCCGGCACCCGCUGCCGGACCCUGUACCCCUUCUCCGGGGAGCGGCACGGCCAGGGGCUCCGCUUCGCCGCGGGCGAGCUCCUCACCCUGCUGCAGGUCCCGGACGGCGGCUGGUGGGAAGGCGAGAAGGAGGACGGGCUCCGUGGCUGGUUCCCGGCCAGCUACGUGCAGUUGCUGGAGAAGCCUGGGAUGGUCCCCCCUCCACCAGGAGAGGAAAGUCAGACUGUCAUCCUUCCACCUGGCUGGCAGAGCUACUUGUCUCCCCAGGGCCGGCGUUACUAUGUCAACACGACCACUAAUGAGACCACCUGGGAACGGCCCAGCAGUUCUCCUGGGAUUUCAGCCAGCCCUGGCCCUCACAGGGGCUCUCUGCCUCCAGCAGUGAAUGGAUACCACGCAUCAGGGACCCCAGCGCACCCGCCAGAGCCUGCCCACAUGAGUCUCCGAAAGUCUACUGGUGAUUCCCAGAACCUGGGAUCCUCCUCGUCACCAGGCAAAAAGCAGAGCAAGGAAAACACCAUCACAAUAAACUGUGUGACAUUCCCUCAUCCGGACUCGAUGCCUGAACAGCAGCUGCUGAAGCCAACAGACUGGAGCUACUGUGACUACUUCUGGGCAGAUAAGAAGGACCCGCAAGGCAAUGGCACUGUGGCUGGGUUUGAGCUGCUGCUGCAGAAGCAGCUGAAAGGGAAACAGAUGCAGAAGGAGAUGUCAGAGUUCAUCCGGGAAAGGAUAAAGAUUGAAGAAGAAUAUGCAAAGAACCUGGCUAAGCUCUCUCAGAACUCUUUGGCUGCUCAGGAAGAAGGGUCGCUGGGAGAGGCAUGGGCCCAGGUGAAGAAGAGUCUGGCAGAUGAGGCAGAAGUCCAUCUCAAGUUCUCCGCCAAGCUCCAUAGCGAGGUGGAGAAGCCCCUGAUGAACUUCCGCGAGAACUUCAAGAAGGACAUGAAGAAGUGUGACCACCACAUCGCUGACCUCCGCAAGCAGCUAGCCAGCCGCUAUGCCUCCGUGGAGAAGGCCCGCAAAGCGCUCACGGAGAGGCAGAAAGACCUGGAGAUCAAGACCCAGCAGCUAGAGAUCAAGCUGAGCAACAAGACAGAGGAGGACAUCAAGAAGGCUCGGAGGAAGUCCACGCAGGCUGGAGAUGACCUCAUGCGCUGCGUGGACCUAUACAACCAGGCCCAGUCCAAGUGGUUUGAAGAGAUGGUGACUACCACACUGGAGCUGGAGCGGCUGGAGGUGGAGAGGGUGGAGAUGAUCCGACAGCAUCUGUGCCAAUACACACAACUGAGGCACGAGACAGACAUGUUCAACCAAAGUACAGUCGAGCCUGUGGACCAACUUCUUCGAAAAGUGGACCCAGCCAAAGACAGGGAGCUGUGGGUCAGAGAGCACAAAACGGGCAACAUUCGCCCUGUGGACAUGGAGAUCUAGAAGCGUGCACAGCCCUGGGGGUCCCACAAAGGAGAGGGGCUGGGGGUACUCCGGAGUGGGGUUCGUAGCUCCCUCAUGGUGGAGCUGCCCUGCUUCCUGUUGUCCUGUCCACUGAAGAGAGGGGAAAGAGCUGGUGACUCCAGAAGAGUGGCCUGAGCAGCCCUGCAGGGGGAGCUCCCCAAUAUUUCCAGACCAUGAAGACGGACCCACCACGCCCUUGUCUCUGAGACUGAACUCCCCAGCCCCCCGUGCUGUAUCACAACUCUGAGAACAAACUGAGCUCCAUCGGGGCAGCUGUCACACACGUAUGCCCUUGGUUGCCCAAGACCUGCCCUCCAGCUGGGCUCUUGUCCCCAGGGCUUUAGAAGAUGAGGGGAGGGAGGUCUUUGUCUCCGACCAAUGUCAGGAUCAGAGUCACGGAAAGGAGGCAUAGUUCAGCUCAUGGCCUGUACUCGGGAUCUUUUGCAACCUUCCUUGUCUGUUUUUCCCCCAUUGCAUUCUGGAAGCCCAUUUCUGGCUUUUUUCAUGGCCACUCUUCACCCCUGGGGAGUCCCGGGAAGAAAGCCUGGCUUUUGUCCUCCCAGCCCCAUGCCGCCCGUAGAGGUGAGGAUGGAGCUACCACAGUUGGCAAAUUAGCCCCCAUCUGAGCAGGAGCAUCGGAUCAUGAUAUCUGACAGAGCAAGCUGCGUCUGCAAGGUCUUCCCAGAAUUCCUCAGCCUCCCAUCCUUUCCUUCGGCUGCUCUCUCACGGCAGUCACCCUUGUCUCCAUAGAUAGUCUUUCCAGAGUCCUCAGCCAACAAGAGUGUGGCCAGCUGCGUACACACCCAAAAGCUUUGGGGGCUGGGGGUGGAAUCUCAGAAAGCAGUAGGCAGAGAGCCAGCUGGGGUCUCUGUCACCAUGCCCUCUGUACCAUGGUGGCCCUGCACCACUCUCCAAGGCUCCCCACUUGAGGGAUUCAUGGAAAUGGGCCAAUUCUGUAUGGGAAAGACAUCCGGGCAAGUCUUGUCAUGCUCCAGGUGGUUCCUGCUGUGCAUGAUGGGUUUGGGACUUCUGCCCUCCAAAUGAGUACCAGGCAGUGCAGGUUCUCUCUCAGCCUCGAUAGGUUGCUACCACCCGGGAAAAGGGGGCUCUGUGAUGAGCAUGGACCAGAUUCUAGCUGGAAACUCAUUUCCCUACAAUCCUCUCUUCAUCCUUCUCACUGGUGACCUUGUAUUCGACCUGUCCAUCUCCCACAAGCACAGAAUUCUACAAGCACAACUCUGACCUUCCAGUCUUAUAUGCUGAUAGCAAAUGACUUUCUGACCUUGCACCUUGCUACCCCUCUCUCCCUGAAUCAGAAUCUUCUUGUAGUUUCAUUGGAAAGAUGCCUGUGACACUAAAGUAAAGUAUUGCAUCCCAACCACAGAGGCCAACGUGAACGUGUCGCCACUACUGAUAGAUUCUGCCUACAGGCUACUGAGCCACUCACUCCUGGGUCUAGGGAUGGGCAGGACAUCAGCUACCCGUUUGAGGAUAUUAUUUCUUGGUUUCUUUAUUAAAAUGGGUGCUAGUGGUAAUUGCUUUGUGGUUUAAGUAAACAAACUAAUUUGUGGGUGAUCUUCAAACACCCAAACCAAUAGCCUUGUCACCAUCCUAGCAGUUACGAGAGUGCAAUACGGCUCAUUGGCUGUGUCUCCUCAUUUGCACCUGAAGGGUCCCAAGUCCUCUGAACUGUCACUUCUUCCAAGUUGCCUGUGUGGGCCAAUGCAUUCAUUCCAGGUCACCCCUUCCCUUUGUCUCCUCACCUGUUCCUGUUUACCCUGUUCACAUGCACCUUACUUUCUAUUCCUUCAUCAAGCAUUUAGCUAAGGCCAGUGCGUAGGCUCUGUUCUGAGGACAGGCAAGACUGUACACUCUUGUUUUAUGUAGACUCGUCUCUUCCUGCAAUGCCUGAUGACCUUGGCUGUCACAUUCAGGUACUCUUCCAGGACGCUGGCUGCUAGGGGUUAAGCUGCAUUCAUUCAUUGUCUCGGUAAACGCUUGGAGCUGAGUGCUGAGUGCCAGAAUUGUACUUUCAUCUAAGACAGGCACACACCCCAACACCUCUGUUCCCCAAAUAGACAAAUAGAUGGAGGAAUGCUUGUGCAUUACUGGAGGGGAGGAACACUGUACUUUUCACCCCCUGCCCACUGGAGUUCUUUACUUACAAACUACGUCCACUGUGGACAGCCGAAGGAUUCGAGUCACCAGAUGCUCUUGCUUACCUAUCCAGCUCCAACUUCAGAGAUGGCUUUGGUUGGUUUUAAAUCAUUUUCCUUGUUCCACAGAUAGGAACAGUGAAGGCAAGGGUAGCCAAACAUGGUGUGAAAUGACAUGGGGAAUCCAGAGCAGAACUAGAGUCAAGAGUCCUGAAUAACAGGGAGCCCCUGUGGGUAAAAUCAAGGUUACGGUGAAGCCUUGUCUAAAAGUGCACCCUGGAGUACAAGCGGGCUGUCAGGGUUGUGUGCUUGGGAUUGCGUCUGGUUGCAGUUUUGUGGGUCCAGCCAGGGUUCUAGUGCGUGCUCGGUGAGCGCUCUGCCAGUGAGGUCUUCCCCAGCCUUGUCUUCUUUGCGAAGGUACUGCCACUCCAGUUCUUAGAGGAUUUGGCUGGGUUUAUUCAUAGUGGGCAAAUGUCUUUUGUUAGGCUCUGAGAACAGCUCAGCCCCUUCUACCUGCCCCAUCCGGGAGCAUUAAUGCACUUGUUUAGUCUGCAAAAGCUUGAUUAAGAAAAAAAAAAAAAAAAACCUCAAAGAUGAAUGAUGUUCAAAGUGGGUCAGUUGCCAUGACAACCUCCAGGGAAAGAUACUUGUUACCCUCAUUAUUUUCUAGUGCUCUUGCGCAGUACACAGUGCACAGGCCGUUUGUACUGUAUGGACAGCAGCUCUAGACUCUGUUGUCGGGACCCCCAUGGGCCUCCUUUCUACCUCCACACAAUACCCUGGUGACCAAGGAGGAUUUCUGCAAUGGUUGGUUAAUAGCUGGGUCAAACUGAACACAUUCAUAACCAAGGGUUUGUUUCUAUCCCCUCUGUAAAAAAAAAAAAAAAAAUCAAUUAACAGAUUAGUGGGUGGGUGCAUAAAAAUGUUGGCUGAGCCAAAGCCCCGUCUUGGAAAUACAAGCCAUAAAAUUCAGUAGAUGUCAAAGACCUUGGCUUGUUUAGAUGCCUUUGUUCCCAGCUGUGAGUAGCCUUAAAGAGGAGUUUAAACAGGAGUCUGGAGAGCUGCUGGGUAUUAUGUAGGUAGGGAAAGCACUUUACAGAUACUAACUGGGGGCAGGUGAGCUGCCGGCUUAACCUGGACACCACUCCAUUCCCAUAGUUCAUAGAGUGGGACUCCUGCACAGCCCCCUUUCCACCUCCUCUUUCCAGUAUCAGGUGUAACUGAGGUAUAAUAAAAAUCCACCCUUUCAAAAAAUACAGCUCUUUGACUUUUGACAAACUUGCGUGGCCUUGUGACCACCACUGAAGUCAGCAUGGUAUGCCCGUCAUUCCAAGAACUCCUUUUCCCAACCCCUGCCCCAGCAACCCUGUCAAUCCUUUUCAGAAUGCCAUAUAAGUGGAGUUACUGGAGCAGCUCUCAGGCAGCCAUGGUGUGUGUGAGAGAGAGAGAGAGAAAAUGAGAGACGGAGGGAGGGAGCGCCUGGGUCCCUUUGCAUUGAGGAGUAGCUUCCCAUGCAUGGGUAGACCACAACUGCCCCCUUAGUUUUAAAAUGUGUCUUUCGCCCUGGAAGUGGCAGCCUCCGGCCUUCAGCUUAUUCCCCUUGUUUGCAUGACCGGCCCCCAGCCUACUGCUUCCCUUGUCCUGGAGUGGUUCUUGAGGUUCACACUGACCGCUGACCCUGUUGGUUCCUACUAAAUUCCGGCCCCUUGCAGGCAGGGAGGGGCGAGGAGAGGCAGGAGGGUCCUGGCUGCCUUGUAGCGGUGCAGCGACCUGCAGCUCGCAUUGCGGCCACCGGAGCCUCUCCCCUCCAUCGGGCUGUGGUCUCGGCCCCCAGCCAGUGGUGUUUGUGCAGAGAGGCUGAGAGAAGAGUGAGAGACGCAUGUGGGAGAAAGCCGGAGCCGAUCCUUGCGCCCGGCGUUACCCUCCCCGGGAUCUGUCACUUUACCUGCCAACUGAGGGUACCUGUUCUGGAAGGUCUCUCGGGCCUUCUGUGCCCCCCCCACCCCUCCUCAUUGCACAUUUAUACCCUAUGUAUGUGGUCAUAGCUAGCCUGAUGUCACCUACACAGCUGUACAGAAUUGGUUAAAAUCAUUGUAACAUGAGCUUCUCCAGUUGGAUCCAAAUGGAGCUAAAAGGAUGUCAUGAGCUGAGUUGAGGAUAAGGUAGUUUCUCCCAGAACCCCCAAAGAAGUGAUAAGCUGGUACCUUUUUGGAUCUAUCUGCAGGAGGCACAACAGGUGCAAAGAAACAGCCACCUGGUCAAGUUCUUGUUGUUGGAUCUUUUUAGCCGGUGGUCACAUUGAGCCUGGCCUGUACCCGCCUCCCACUAGGUGGUGACAGAUGGUGGCCGAUAUAGUGCCAAGCCCAGCCAAGGCCAGGCCAGGCUCUGGGUGUGUCUUCAUGGUCCCCACUCCUCCAAGCUGUCUUGACCACGUCCUGCUGAGUGAGAGAUGAGCCCUGCAAGGCUCCUGAGAAGCUGGGAACAUCCGUGGACUCGGGCCAGACAAAGGUCAGGGUGGGAAAAUUGCAGCCUCAGGGUCAAGGCAGGAGGCAAAGGCACGCAAGGGACCAUUCUCCCAGUCUGCCCCUCAGGAGCAUCAUUCCCAUGGGGGUCUUCCUGAGGGGAAAGAGCAGCUAGCGAUGGUUAGUUAGUCUUGGAAUAAGAGAUAGUAGCCAAAGACCCAGGCUCUGGGCCUCUAACCCCUUAGUGGGCGUGGCUCUUGGAAGCUUUGUUGGGGAGGAGAUGAGGUCCUCUGAACUCUCACUGGGUGGUGUUUGGGGUGCAUCAGUCAUUUGCACUUGAAGAGAAUUUCCAAUGGAGCUGCAGUGGUAGCAUGUGAAGGGCCAGGACCCACAGGUGCUCUCGUGGGGACAUUGUGACAUUGGAACAGAGACAAAGAGCCAUGAGUGGCCCUGCCCUGCUGCCCUAUUUGUCCUAUAACCCAAGGUGGGACUUCUGUGUGUUCAUUUGUCUAGUCGGGGCUCCUUCCCUGAAGCUCUCUCAUCACACAGGCUCUAAGACCCAGGGACAGACGUUCCGAGGGACACCAGCGAUGCCCGAAUCUGUGUCCCUCCCUGCCCCAGGAAGGAGAGGGCCAGGGGCGCAUCCUUCACAGACACUGAGCACAUCAGCAAACCCCCGAAAGUGGAAUUUUCUAACAAAAUAAACCUGCUUGUUUGGUCUGUUUUCUGUAACUUUUGCUAAAUACUUUAUACAUUUUUAAUGUUGAAAAUCUGUGUCUCCUGCCGGCAUCCCUCACCCGGUAUGAAUGUGUUUACUCCGCACUGUAUAUUUUCCCAUGCUCCGGCUGCCUAGACCAGUAAAUAAAAUGGAUGUAAUAUAAGUUAUAAGUAA